CGGGUACACAACUACAUACUAACACUUCGCGUAGUCGAACUAAAUGGGGGGGGGGGGGCGUGGCGGCAGGAGUGGGGGAGAGCCCUCUGGAGAAGUCCCCUGUCUGGGAAUUUUUUACAAUUCAUCGGGGAAUGAAUGACAGACAUAAGCUGAAUUAUGAUAGUUAUUUUUUUAUUGAAGCCUUUGGCAGUCAGCACUUAGGAGUCCAGCUUCAGACCCCCUGUCAGGGACCUUAGCCCCAGUGUCAGGGAAUUCUUGGUGGCACCCCUGGGUGGUGGAGGAGUGAGUUUUCAUCGAACCUUGUCAUUGGGCAAUUCUGAAGGCAUUGAAAAACACUGAAAAUUGGAAUUUCCAAAUUUGGAAGAGGGUGAUUUUAGAAAACACUUUUGAGGAAGUAAAAAUUUGCUCUAAUAGUGACUCCGGAACAUGAUUGAUACUAGCUCCCAUUUUCAUGAUCAGUAGAAUAGUAUAUUCUGUGCAUUUUAUUCCUACACUAGAUAUCUGUUCACAAUGCCAUGUUUUUCCAAGAAUGAAGAAGCACUAACUGUGAAAUUAGUAUCAAUGUUUCCUAAACAAAAUCCAUCCAUUCACAGUAUUAUUAUCCUGUUAAAUUCAACAACUGGAGCAAUUGAGGCUUUAUUGGAUGGAGGGGUAAUUACAUUAAUGCGUACAGCAGCUGCAUCAGCUGUUGCUCUGAAGCAUUUGACUGUGCCAGAGAAAUGCAAGAUUUUAUGUAUAAUUGGUGCUGGUGGGCAGGCAUUGAGUCACUUCAACGCAUUCAAACAUGUUCGAAAUUUUACAGAGGUAAGGGUCUGGAAUCGAACUGCUGCUAAUACUCAGAAAUUUGCAAAAGAGACGGGGGCGAUUCCUUAUGAUAAUGCUGAAGAGGCUGUAAAAAAUGCUGAUGUAGUUGUCACAGCUACUGGUGCAACAACGGCAGUCUUGUGUGGUGAUUGGUUGAAACCUGGGGCUUUUGUGUGUUCUGUUGGUGCACCCAUGGAAACUGCCCGUGAAUUGGAUGACGCUGUGAUGCAUCAGUCAACCGUAGUUGUGGAUAGUUAUGACGGAGCUCAGACCGAGUCUGGUGAUAUCAUUCUCUCAAAGGCCAAAAUAUCUGCUGAAAUAGGUGAAGUUAUUUCAGGAAAAGCAACCUUGCAACCAAACAAAUUUUUUCUUUUCAAAUCACUUGGAAUGGCAGUUUAUGAUGCAGUAACAGCAAAACAUGUUUAUACCAAAUACACAACAUCUUCCAAACCUGGCUCAUAAAGAUAAUCAUGAAGAAGUACUGUACAAUUGAAUGCACAUAUUUUCAAAA